AUGACACAUCGUUAUGCUCCUGAAGCUGUUGACAGGAUAUUGAGAGAUAUAAUAGAAAAUGAUCAUAUAUUCAGUGGUAAAAUAGUUUUAUUCAGAGGAGACUUUCGACAGGUCCUACCAGUAAUAUGCAAGGGUACUAGAGCUCAAAUUGUCAAUGCUGCUCUCAAUAAAUCAUAUUUAUGGAAUCAUAUCCACAUCUUCUCUUUGACUACUAAUAUGAGAGUCAUCCAAGCAGAUAAUUCUGAGGCAAGCACAUUCAUGGAAUAUCUUCUUAGAAUAGGAAGCGGUAUUGAACCAACAAUAGAAAAUGAUUUAAUUUGUCUUCCUGAUGAAAUG